UGCGCGCUCGCGCUCCAGUUAACGACUUUAGUACUUCGCAAACGAAACAUCAGAAGCGUGUGAGCUCGACCAGGUUCAAGAAUAAAAUGAAACGCGGACGGUUCGUUGAAUGUCGCUCGUUUGUUCGGUGAGGAUCGUCGACCAGUUGACAGUUUGGGGACACAUGCGGCUGCGGUUUGCGAGCGCUUCUCUUCGUCUCGUUCGAGAUAACCAUGGCUUGAGUUUCAUAUCCCAGACUGUCUGCAUCUGAACCUCACCCUUUAAAAGUCACUGACUCAUUCUCAAGUAGGUGAGGAGCAUGUGGGCCAGCUGCUGUGGCUGGCUUUGCCUGGAUGAUUCCACCGUGGAGGACACCAGAAGCAGCACACGUCAUCAGGCCUUCACCAACUCGGGCUUCAGCAGUUACCCAUCUCCCCCCGCUCCAGAACAGACAUGCAAGGCCUGUGGAGGUCGCUCCGACAGCCUAGCCAGAAAGCAUUUGUGCAUGGACUGCAAGAAAAGCUUCUGUAGCCGCUGCUGCACUCAGCAGGACCUCCAGCCAUGGCUGUGCCACACCUGCCAGCGUUUCCGAGGCAUCCUGUUCGAGCGGGCCGAGCUGAUGAAGCUCAAGGUAAAGGAUCUGAGAGACUACCUCCACCUGCACGAGAUCCCCACACAGAUGUGCAGAGAGAAGGAGGAGCUGGUCGAGCUGGUUCUCGGCCAGCAGACGCCUACGUCCGACACGCACAUUCCUCCACCCCCAGUGACCACACAGGAACCUAACACUCCUAUCAUAACCGUGAGCCCGUCGACCAACAAUGGCACAACGGAACUGGGGCCUCAGACUCAAGCAACAGAAGAUGGGCAGAGCUUGGCUGAGGCAACAGCUGAAAGCGAGAUGGACGCUGAGCUGCAGGUGGAGCAGGAGUUGCAGUCUUCAGACUCCGAGGAAGUGCUGGCUCCGGGGCGACGGGCGUCUCUCUCCGACCUGCGAUCGGUGGAAGACAUCGAGGCUCUGAGCGUCCGGCAGCUGAAGGAGAUCCUGGCCAGGAACUUCGUCGACUAUAAGGGAUGCUGUGAGAAAUGGGAGCUGAUGGAGAGAGUCACACGUUUGUACCACGACCAGAAGGACCUGCAGAACAUGGUGUCUAACGCCACAGAAGGCACAGACAGCGGACCUGGGACGGCCGUGGAGGAGAACCUGUGUAAGAUCUGUAUGGACUCACCCAUUGACUGCGUUCUUUUGGAGUGCGGACACAUGGUCACGUGCACGAAGUGCGGCAAGCGCAUGAGCGAAUGUCCGAUCUGCCGGCAGUACGUGGUGAGGGCGGUGCACGUGUUCAGAUCCUGAACAACAGGAUCCAUUUUCCAUUCACAGCUCACCGCGAUCUCCCAGUCCUUCCCUCCAGCGACGGAUACUGUAGAAAACUGUCAGGUGGCCUUUAAUUCUCGCACAGCUAUCUUGCGGCACUUCUGAUUCUGCAGAUCUCUGAGCAAUAACUACUGGAUUGAGUCUCAUUUUCUUCAUGUUCAAAGUGUGCCUUCUAGAAGCUUUAUUUUUGAUCAUGGGAUUAUGUCACAUGUUUCUUGACACUUCCCACCUCAGUAAACAAAAGCGUCUUCUGUGCUGCCCUGCUGCUUCUCACACACCUGUAUAAUUUCUACUAUUUCGAUUUUUCAACGAUCCUUUCUUUUUAAACCAUAAAUAGUGUAGCUGGGGUUCAACGUACCACCGCCAUCCAGUAAACCGGAACGAGACUCGCCACACAAGUCUCGUCGGAUCUAGGUUUGUUGAUUCGUGUGAGCGAAUGCAAAUAGUCUAAAUUGCUGACAGUUACGUGCGAGACGGGCAAAGGUGCGGAUCUGAUCGAACCGAUUCUAAACAAAACUGAGGAGAACGACUGUCAAGCGAAUAUACGACGUGUUUUGUAUUAUCCAACAUGUCUCUCUUCUUUGUGAUGCUUUGGUGUGAAAAAUACGUAGCCCCACACAUGAUAUGCAAGGAAAAAAUACUGUAUUUACCUCGUACUAAAUACGGCUACAUACCAAUCCAUAAGUUCUGGCCCUGUUGUACUAAAUCUUUCCCUUUUUUACUCAAUAAUUGUUUUAUUUCCUCAAUUUUAGAACAAAAUUUUAUCAGCAGUUCAUUCCAUCUUUGUAUAGAAUUGUGGGCACAUCAUACCAACUCUCAGUUUCUUGUCAAAUUUUAGCGCCGUUUGUUCCUUUCAGUGAAUUAUAGCAAUAUCGUACCACUUUUUAAUAAAUUGUGAUCAUUUGUUCUCUCUUUUUAGCAUUUCACCAUGUCGUACUGAAUCCUUCCCUCUCGUACAAAUCAGUUUUUAGUUAAUUGUAGCAACGUUAAACCUCUUUUUACUAAAUUGCUUACUGAACUUUUACUAAUAUGUGGACAUCAGUCCUCGUUUUUGAGGAUUGUUUUAAAUCACUUAUGUUUUUUUUUUUUUUUUUUUUAUUCGUGUGCCAAGAUGGAUACGAUUUUGUCCACAUAUCAUGUGCGGGGCUCCACAGGAAAGAUCUGAUCUGAUGAUCUGACUGGUUUUAUGGGAAUUUCGUACACGGCAGCCUUUGGCGGAGGCUUCAGUCUCUUCUGAUUACGAAUGGACGUCCCAUCCGAGCCUUGGUGUGCGUCCUCUGCAGUGCUCUUGGCUCGUCUCACGCCCCAGAGGAAUCUCUAUGGCAUGACAGUCGUUCAGCCGGAUAGGCCUCGAGCCGCACCAAGCGUCGCGAUACGCCUCCAGCGAUCAGUACUGCGUUUCUUGCAGGAAUUCGAUUAGCAGCACUUUAGACUCAUCGGUGGAGGAGAUAUCAGGUGAACGUGCCUCAACACUCUUCUUGACUUCACCGGUGCCUCACAGGACAAGUAAAGGCCUGCCGAUAAACACCAGCACCUCCUUUCCCUCGAGCUUUUCAGAUGCAUUUAGCAUCGACUAGCGCUAUCCUUAGCCGGCGUGGAUGAACAGGAAUGUCCGUGUUUUAAAACCAGUACCUGACAGGAAUAACUCACUCGUAGCGACAUCGCUCACCCUGUCAUUCCAGUCACAUAUUUUCUCUGUUAUAGACCGUGAGUCAACACAUUUAGUUCAUGCUUAUAUUAAAUUAUAAAAUGGGUGCCAUUUAGAUGCCUGGCACCAGGAUUGACGUCUUUGACAUUGAAUGUGUGUUUGUGUGUGUGUGUGUGUGUGUGUGUGUGUGUUUUGUGAGCAUCAACAUACGGGACAUUUCAAAAUAUGUGACUGCUAAUGGAUUUUUAAAGCUGAGGCUGAAGGGCUAAAAAUCAAGUUAUGGUUUCGUAAGACUUCGAAUAUAGCACAUCGUCUAUCAUAAUACAUUUAGGAUGCAUUUUUUUGUUCUUUUGUAGAGCUUAGUAUUUAAAAAAACCCCAUCCAUGUUAACUGGAUGGAAGCUCAAGGCUUUAAGAUUCUUCCUAACAUCUCCUUUCGGUUUUAAAAUAAAGGAAAUAAUAGAGGUUUGGAACAUUAGGGUGAAUACAUAAUAAUAAUCAUUAUUAUUAUUAUUACUGUAUUUUUUUUUUUCCUCUUGUCAGUCUUUAAUUUUCUGAAUCUGAAACUUGCCAACUAAUGUUUUUCCAGGUUUGCCUUAAGAGCUGUUCUUUAACCGGAAUUUCCUUCCCAAAGAGAAAAUCGAGAAGCAAAAGCUAUAUAGGUUAAUAAUGAUUAAAAAAAAAAAGCGGGGCCUUGAAAAGCUUCUUUGUUCAAAUCUCAAAGACUUGAUUUUGUAUCACUGUGAAAUAGGAGCUUUCCUUUGCUAGUCGUGCAAGGGACGAUCAAUGUUGUCAUGUCCUGUUCAGGUUUGAUAUGUAAAUAUGAAGAGGGAACACUUUCAUUUUUAAUACAGAUGUUGUUUGUAUGAGAUGGUGUGAACCAGCCUUAAUUUCGUAAUAAGAACCGAUCAGAUAUAUUUUAAAAACCGUACUAAGCCACCAAAGUAGAGUUUUGUGUGCGUUGUUGUUAAAGAUUUUUUUGUAUUAAAAUAUAUUUGCAGCA